AUGUCACAUCAUAAUGAUGAAGAACCUCAACCAGUGAUCAUUGAUAUCGGUUCUGGAGUAUCAAAAGCUGGUUUUGGAGGUGACGAUGCUCCGAGAUGUGUUUUGCCAUCAAUUAUUGGAAAACCAAAACAAAAUUCCAAACUUUCUUCUCUCUUAGGUCAACGGAGUGUAUUUGUUGGUGAUGAAGCUCAAUCAAAGAGAGGACUGUUGGAUUUAUCAAAUCCUAUUGAACGUGGUUUAGUUUCGAAUUGGGAAGAUAUGGAAAAAUUGUGGCAUUUCAUAUUUUACAAUGAAUUGAGUAUUGCUCCGGAGCAUCAUCCCAUCAUGUUGACUGAAUCACCAUUGAAUCCGAAAGCAAAUCGAGAAAAGAUGACACGAAUCAUGUUCGAAACCUUUGGAGUUCCAGCCAUGUAUGUUGCUAAUCAUUCAGUGCUGGCUCUGUAUGCAUCUGGGAGGACAACUGGUCUUGUGGUGGAUUCAGGAGAUGGCAUGACACUUACAGUUCCUGUUUAUGAAGGGUAUCCUAAUACAGCACUUUCGUAUAUGGAUUUGGCUGGUAGCGAUUUGACUCAAUAUUUAAUGACCUUGUUGAAAGAUUUGGAAUAUUCACCCUUUACUAAAAAGGAAAUUGUUAGAGAUAUUAAGGAGAAACUCUGCCAUGUGGCAUAUGAUUAUGAAAAUGAAAAAGUGGUGGAACAGAAUUAUGAACUACCCGAUGGGAAUGUAAUUAAUAUUGGAAAGGAAUUAUUCACUUGUCCAGAAGCACUUUUUCAAACAAAUUUAAUUGGAAAGGAUUCUCUAGGAAUUCAUGAGAAGGCCGUUCACUCUGUCGUUAAAUGUGAUGUCGAAAUGAGAAGGAAUUUGUAUGGGAGUAUUGUUCUUUCUGGUGGAAAUACCAUGUUGAAAGGAUUGGAAAGGAGAUUGAAAAAGGAAAUUGUAGAGCUAGCUCCCUCAACAUUUCAUGUCAAUAUCAUUACUCCACCUGAGAGAAAAUAUUCAGUUUGGAUUGGAGGAUCAAUACUUUCAACACUUGGAAUGUUUCAACAACAUUGGAUAACAAAGGAGGAAUAUGAAGAAACUGGACCUCGAAUUGUUCAGGGAAGAUAUUUCUAG